GUGGGUCAGCCAGCCGCUCUCCAGUUUCCUGGCCGCUCCCUCCCCUGGAGAGCGAGCCUCCUCACACGCCGGACCCGUUACUCGAGCCGUGGUCGUCUGAGGAGGCGCAGCAGGAGCGGUGGAGCUCUCCCCCGCAGCGGACUCGCGAACCGGCAACAUGUACAGUGGAUAUGGAGGAAGCCCCUCCAGAGCCGUGUCCACCAUGUCCCUCACCAUGCGCCCAACCCGGCGUCUGCUCAACAGGUCCAUCUCUAGGAGCCAAUCCUUUGCUGGAGUCAACACCCAAGACAAGCCCUACAGGUACGUUGACAGACCCCGCCCCCCAUGUGGGCGUGUCCGAAAGAUCACCGAACACCCCCCACUGAUAUCGAAAAUGCAGCUCUUCCCAAGAUGCGCAGCAGAUUUUGUACCCAGUCGAGGCCUGCAGUCCUACCUCCAGGUUCAUCAGCUAGAGCUGGAGGGUCUCAAUCGGCAGAUGAGGGAGUCCAAGAGGAACUCGAGGCUGGGGUUCCUGUACGAGCUGGACAAGCAAGUGAAGGUGACCGAGAGGUUCAUGCGGAGGCUGGAGUUCCAUCUGAGCAAGAUCGACGAGCUGUACGAGGCCUACUGCAUGCGGCGCAGGCUGCGCGACGGAGCCAGCAAGAUGGUGAAGGCCUACACUGCCUCCUCUGGGAGCCGUGAGGCCCGCGAGAGCCUGUCAGAGGCCAGCAAAGGCUAUAAGGAAUAUACAGAGAACAUGUGCCUGAUGGAGAAUGAGCUGGAAAGCCAGCUGGGGGAGUUCCACGUCAAGAUGAAGGGUCUGGCUGGCUUUGCGCGCCUGUGUGCCGGAGACCAGUACGAGAUCUUCAUGAAAUACGGGCGGCAGCGCUGGAAACUGCGGGGCCGGAUCGAGCUGAACGGCAAGCAGGUGUGGGACAGUGAAGACAUGGUCUUUCUGCCCCUUAUAACAGAGUUCUUGUCGAUCAAGGUGACGGAGUUAAAGAGCCUGGCCAAUCACGUCGUGGUGGGAAAUGUGUCAUGUGAAACGAAGGACCUGUUUGCUGCUCUGCCCCAGAUGGUCGCCGUCGACAUCAACGACCUCGGGACCAUCAAGCUGAGUCUGGAAGUUGUGUGGAAUCCCUUCGACAAAGAUGACCAGAGCUCCACAGUCAGCACGGUGAAUAAAGCUCCGUCAGUCAACAAGCGCUUCUCUACCUAUAACCAGAGUCCCCCGGACACACCCUCACUGCGAGAGCAGGCCUUCUAUACCGCUCUGAGGAGCGGGCCGCCCAAGCAGCGCUGGUCCCUUCUGGAGGUGUUCCGUGACACGCUCUCUGAGAGGCUGUCUCACAGCUGCUCGUGCAGCGACGUCACCCCCAUGAGACUCGGGUGCACGCGCAUGCAGAUGGAUAACAUGCUGCGAAGGCAAGAGGAGAUGGAAAAUGGCACCGCCUGGUCCAACUCCUCAGAGUCGUCCGACGACUCGUCCAGCCCGCAGCUCUCUGUUGGAAUGCGGCACUCCCAUGUGACUUUGGUCCAGCCUGAGCUGCAGGCUGCCGCACCUGCCAUCGAGAUCACGUUUGCGCCGCGCGACUCUGCCACCUCCACCCCAAGCCGGCCAGAUGCCAUCGCGGAGCGGGCCGAGGAGGCGGACGGGCAGCCGGAUGGGGAGCAGGCCGUACCCAACGGCCACGCCUGCAUCUCGCGCUCACUCAGCCACAUCAGCGAGCACAGCAUGGACGGCACAGUUACGGACAGGCCGCCUCCAGACUCGGGCGAGUCCUCCGAGGAGGCCUCCAUCGUCUCCAUCGGUGACGUCCUGGUCGGAGAGUCCGUGCCCACAGAAACGGAGGAGGCUAGCAGAGAUGGGGAUGCCCCACAGCCAGGCGCCACCGAGCCCUCAUCCCCUGUGACCUCGGGGGCUUCCUCUGCCCUCCCACUUGGCACUGAGGGAACACCGGCUGCCCCUGAGGAAGAGGAAGUGGAGGAGCAAGAGGAGAAAGAUGUGGGCGGUCUGCAUUCCUCACCAGCACCACCCAAAGCAGGCGAGCAAGCGCACUUCAGUACGCCCCCUGCCAGUGACUCUGAACGGACCGGAUCUCCAGUCCACGAGCAGAAGGUAGCAUGGGCAGAAACGGCAGAAGAGAGUGUAAAGAGGCACUCUGCCCAGCCCCCGGGGCAGGAGGCUCAGAAGCCAGGGGCAGACAGAAGCCUGGACGAGGCGCUGAGCACCGUCAUCUCCUGCCUGGAUGACUACAGGGGCCAGUUCCCUGAGCUUCAGGGCCUGGAGGAGGAGCUGAAGCAGCUGGAGGACAUACUCUCGGGCCAGAACCGCAGCCGCUCAUCCAGCGUGAGCCUGACGGUCGAAAACGCCCUUGGCAGCUUCGACUUCCUGAACAACACUGACCUUGACGAUGAGGAGGACAACGUGGAAGAAGAAAGGGCUAGAAAUCACACCGAUGGCAGUGACACACAUGCAGGGAAGAGCACAGGAGACGAUGGGGGGUGUGACAGACACUGCUGGGAAUCCCCGUCCAGCCCCAUGAGCUCUGGGUUUGAGGCUCUUGAUCAGGCCCUGUUGGUCCACCUGAGGAAUUGCAGUGUCCAGCUACUGCGGCUGGGUACCUUUGGCCCGCUUCGCUGUGGUGAGAUGUAUGCCCUGGACUUCCUGCUGAGGGAGACCAGGGUUCUGGAGCUGAUCCGUCGGGUUGUGGAGGAUUCGUACGGCCCGUAUGCCGAGCCGGAGCAAGUGGUACCACAGAUACAGAACUGUGAAGGUGCCCUGUCUCUAUGGAAGCGAUGCAUAGAACGUGCCAGGGUCUACAGCACAUCCGUGGAGAACUUCCUGAAGGCGCUGGCCUGCAACUACACAGGCCAGCUGCCCGAGCGCAGCAGGGCCAUCUCUGAUGAAGUGUUCUUGAGGCUGGCAGAGCGGAUCCAGGAGCGGAAGCUGCCCCGGCGUGGCGCUGGGGGGGCUCGAGAGGUUCUGACCGUCUUCCAGUUCUGGAAGUACCUGGACACCGAGGGUCUAAGCUCCUUACAGGCGCACAUCGUUGAGCUGGCAGAAGAGGUGUGGUUGGUGCACAGCCUACAGUCCGGGGACCAGGACACCCUGCUGAAAGUGCUGAAGAGGCUGACAGACUCCAGUGUGAAGCGGGAGGUCCUGCACGCCGUCAGCCGGCUCCUCGUGGACCCCCGGGGGAAGGUCUGCAGCACGGCAAGCUCGCUGCUCCGGGGGCUGGCCGAGCAUCCGCUGCAACGUGAGCGGGCCUUGGUCAGCUGUUUGGAGCUCCUGGAGGAUGAGAUCUUGGAAACCAGAGUUGCCGGCUGCAAGGCCCUUGCGUCCCUCAAGGCCAAGGAGAGCAUCGAUCAGCUGGUCUACCUGUGUCGCACAGACAAGGAGGAGGUGCGGGAUGCAGCCAAGCAGGCCCUGCUGGUGCUGGGAGAUGAGGGCAGACUGGCCCACCGGCACGUGGAGGACAACGAGGAUGGCAUACCCCGCCUGUUUGCCCCGGGCAGUAUGGCCAGCACCGCCUUCUAGUGCCACAGGAGUGCCAGGACCACAGAAAGCGCCGUGCGUGGCUGAGAGAGCCCAGAACAGCGCACUGCUGCACAGGCUGACACACGGAACGUGACAGUGUCGCUGCCAUAGGGGCCGUUUCACUCACCGUCUGUACAGACCCCCAGAGUGCAUCCAGAGACGGCCAGGCCUAGUACAGCAGAAGUGUCUUUCACAAUUACAUGAUUCUGUCUCAUACUGUUACUGGAAAUGACACUGUAAAUAUGCAUAUAAGUACAAAGUAAUAAUGCUGAUGAUUCCUUACGAGCUGUGAAGCAGUGAAGCGGGAUUGUCUCACUGCCUUUAGCUGGGGUCUGUAGUAGCUACCCUCUGAAAUGAUGAGACCUGUCCGUCAAAGGCUGUACCAGGAGGUGUGCCCUCAAACUGCGGCAUGAACGAUGAUUGGACAACAGGAUGGACAGGCGGGGAAAACACCCACUCAGGGGAAAGGAGGGUGUGGCUCUCACCAUGGGGAAUGUGCAAAGAAUUCCUACUGAGUUUCUGAUUAAGGUGGUUAGCUUCAAGGAAGCAUAGUAGCUGUCGGGAGUUUGAGGAGGAUUUGCUUGUUCAGGAUGACAAAGCGACAUUAAUGUUGAAUUCUGGUCUUCCUAAUUAUACAGGGAGUUUGUUUCACCAAUUAGCCACAUUAAUAAAAUAAUCUGUGCCAUAAUUUGUCAUAUUUACUUUUAACAAUAUACAUAUGUAUUUCACAUAAGGUGUACACAUUUGACAUUUUUAUGUUGUAAUUUAGCAAUAUUUCAAAUUUACACAAUUAAAAGCAGAAUGUUAUUUGGUGCUGACAUCAAUUACCCAUAAUGCAUUUCCUCAGUCUUGUGCCAGUGGCUAAUCAACUGAAUACUGUUUCUACUAUAAAGAUAGGAGACAAUCUAUUCCCUGUUUUCAUGAGUGACAGACACCACACUUGUGGACUGAUAGCUGCUUGUCUGGUUCCCUUGGAAACCAAUGGGCUACCCAUGGCCCAUAUCUGUUGUGAUGUCAGUGUGCCUCCAGUAGGGGGCCUUUUUACAGCGCUGUUAUGAGAAGACAAACUGGCUGUGUUGUAGAGCCAGAAAGGCAUUGAACAUACCUGGAGGGACAUUUUAGGCAAUUUUGAAAUGAUACAGUCUUCUAUCUAUAAGUGCCUAAAGUAACAAUGAUGAGUGAAAAAUUAUUACAACAGACAUUUUAUUUAAUAAAUACUUCUGAGUCACAGUAGAACUAGGGAAAACUACUGGAAGAAUUAAAAUGUUUCAUUUUCUAAAUGAUUUGCAGAUUGUGCAGCAUAAAAGACAAAUAAUAUACUUUUUUCUAUAAAAUGUAUAUUGACAAAGAUAUUGCCUGAUAAAUGUAACAGGACUAUUAUUAUAAAAUGUUGCAACAAAGA